AAAACUUCAAAUAUUCAGUUCCACACUGCAAGAAAAAAAAACAAUAAUAAAAAGCUUAAAAUCCCCAUAUUUCAAUUCUCAGUUUCACCAUUCUCAUCACUGGAUUCAGUUUAAGAAAGACUCCCAAAGCUCAAAUACACCACUUUAGAACAUUAAUCACGGCUGUGCAGGAACAUGGGUUUGUGGACAUUACUGGAGGGUUUUCUUCUUAUUGCAAAUGGAUUAGCUAUAUUAAAUGAAGAUCGGUUCCUUGCACCAAGAGGAUGGAGCUUCUCCGAGUUUUCAGGAGGUCGAACAAAGUCUUUCAAGGGGCAGCUCAUAGGGCUAAUUUACGCAACACAGUACAUGAGAGUUCCUCUUAUGAUACUCAACGCCAUUUGCAUUUUUGUAAAGCUAGUGUCUGGAUGAUGCCGAUAAGUGUAAAUUUAGUUACACAGACUCAUAGAAGUCUGCAAAUUUGCAGAGGGAGCAGAAGCAGAAGCACACUGAAAGUAAAGAAAAACUUGGCUUGCAUUUCAUUUUGUAUGAUUAGUGAUUUUAGAUUGUAUUCCUAGGUUAAAAAAUUGACAUUUGAAAUUAUUUCAUUUAUAUAAUUCUUGUAUUUUUUUUCCAUUUAUAUAUCUAGAUUAACACA